AAGAAGGUGGGGGAGUUGAAUGUCGCUUUCAUACACGCACACAUAUAUGGAUACAUUCCACCACACAUAACCCCUCCUACAUAUGUAGAUACCUAGAAUUCAUACACUUUCAUACAAAGUGUAACGUACUUAAUCCUAACCUCUACAUAUCAUAUCUGUAAUAAUAGGCGUAUCAUAAAGUAUGUCCAAAUACGACCAGUACGAGGGCUUCCAGGUCGAGUCGCCCGCGACCUGGACGACGUUCAAGAAGAACAAGUUCGUCACGAAGCCGUUCGGCGACCACGACGUCGAGGUCAAGAUCGAGUGCUGCGGCGUGUGCGCCAGCGACAUCCACACCAUCACCGGCGGCUGGGGCGACCAGAAGUUCCCGCUCGCCGUCGGCCACGAGAUCGUCGGCAAGGCCAUAAGGGUCGGGCCCAAGGUCACCCUCAUCAAGGAGGGCGAGCGCGUCGGCGUCGGCGCCCAGUCCUGGUCCUGCUUGGAGUGCCGCCAGUGCAAGAACGACAACGAGACCUACUGCACCCAGCAGGUCGACACCUACGGCGCCGUCUGGCCGGAUACCGGGAUCGUCACCCAGGGCGGGUAUUCCUCGCACGUGAGGACGCAUGAGCAUUGGGUCUUCCCCAUCCCCGACGCCCUCCCCAGCCACCUCGCCGCGCCAAUGCUCUGCGCGGGGAUAACGAGCUACAGCCCGCUGGUGCGCAACGGCGCGGGCCCCGGCAAGAAGGUCGCCGUCGUCGGGCUCGGCGGGCUGGGCCACUUCGCCGUGCUGUUCGCCAAGGCGCUGGGGGCCGAGACCUGGGUGAUCUCGCGGUCGCACAGCAAGGAGGCGGACGCGAAGGCCAUGGGCGCCGACGGCUUCCUGGCGACCGCCGACAAGAACUGGAACAAGGCGCACCUGUACACCUUCGACCUGAUCAUCAGCACGGCCAACAACUUCGGCGAAGGGUUCGACCUCAGCGGCUACCUCGCCCUGCUCGACGUGCACGGCCGCUGGGUCAGCGUCGGCCUGCCCGAGGAGGCGAACCUGAACAUCAAGCCCCAGGACCUGAUUGCGAACGGCUGUCUUAUCGGCGCCUCGCACCUGGGCAGCAGGCGCGAGAUGCUGGAGAUGCUGCAGCUCGCCGCCGACAAGGGCAUCAAGUCCUGGGUCGAGACCGUGCCGAUCAGCGCGGAGAACUUGGGAAAGACGGUCCAGAGGCUGAAGAAGACGGAUGUCAAGUAUCGGUUUACGAUGGUGGAUUAUGAUAAGGCUUUUGGUGCGUGAGGGGAAAAGGGAGGGGCGAGGAAGUGAGGAUAGGAGAAAAUUAGAAGCGGGCAUUCGGAUACCAAUAGUAUGUUGGGCAUAGUUGGGUACUAGGUAGUUAGGUCCUGCAUCUGUUCCGGAGUCUGGGAGAUGCUGCAAUAGAGAGAGAAUCGUUACGUUCUAUGAUACUGUUAGUGAGUCUGGCUAGGGUUGUAGUAUAGGAGCAAGGGGGGGAGGCAAGGGGUUGGGGACCGGUUGGUUAUUUGAUAAUGGGGGUCCUGUGAGGCUUGAUGUGAGCGGUACCAACAUAUUCACCCCCUUAACUAACACAAGUCGGCGGCUAGUGAUUAGAGGGCCUCACAUCCGCAAAAUAUUAGUUCAAAACAUUGUUAGUACAAUUAAUAUAAGGC